ACAGUCCCAUCCCAGCCUCUGGGCCUCGCCUCCGUGCUUCAAAAUGCCACGAGCAUCCAGCUUAAAUGGGAGAGACCAGAGUUUGUCCAAGUGCCCAUCAUAAACUAUGAAUUAUAUUGGCAUGACACUUAUACAGACGAAGUCCAAUGCAAAAGCAUUCCCGUGAAAGGCGAGUAUGUGUUGACUGACCUAUAUCCAGACAAUGAAUACAAGAUAUGGCUCGCAGCAAAAAGCAAGAGCGAUGAAGGUGCACCAACUCCUCCAAUAACUGUCUCCACAAAGAACUACGUGAUUCAUGAACCGGAAGAUGUGGUGGUCGAGGUGGUAAACUUCACAUCGGCCAUUGUAAGAUGGAAACCUCCCAAGCAGAAGGAGCAACAUCGGUUUAUCGUCGGCUAUCGAAUCAGCACCCAGGAGAUGGACGACCUUAGGAAACCCAUUGGGGAGCCACUCGUUCACACUGUUCAGAAUCGAUCUACAUUAACCUUUCUUCUCACGGAUCUCCAGCCGGAUUCAAAAUAUGAAGUUCGAGUUGCAGCGUUCAUGCGUCAGGGAUUCGGGAAAAGAAAUAGUCCCAUCGUUCUCCAGACACCAGGAGGAGUCCCUUCAAGACCCAAACUAAAGCUUGUAGAUGUGGAGACCGUAGGAGCGGCCAUUGAAGCCACAUGGGAAAAUCCAUCCAAGACAUUCGGAAAAAUUCAAGGGUGGCGCCUACGCUAUGGGAAAAGGCCAAAUUCCUACAACAACGAUCCAAAAUAUGAAGAGGAGAAACUCCAUAUGACAGACGUCACCCUGGAUCAACCAGAUGCGAAUAAGCACGACAUUCGGAACCUUGACUACGGACGGGAGUAUGAGUUCCGACUGGCUUGUUGCAACGACGUCGGCUGCGGUCAGGAGGCAAUUGCCCUCAUCAGAAUACCUGAGAAAUCCCCUGCAGGCCCACCCACCAAUAUCUCAUUCCACCAUAUCACUGCAAAUAGUAUUGCUAUCUCUUGGGAGGACCCUGUUCCGUCUCAAUGCAAUGGCCGCAUCCUUGGCUACAAAUUUCAACUACAUAAGUUCAAUGACUACCUCGUGUCGGAGAGAAAUGUUUCCUCACCAAAGAUGAUCGUGAAGGGAUUGGAAGAAAACAUUCCAUACCACUUUCGGAUUUGCGCAUACAACGGGAAAGGUGUUGGUCCCUUCUCUGAGAAGAUACACCUCGACACCACUCUUGCUCCUCGUGCUCCUCGUAACGUUAAGGCCAUGGCAACUUCAGAGGAUACCUUGGAAGUCUGGUGGGAUGAAGUUCCGCGAGAAAGCAUUGCAGGAUACAGGAUAUUUUAUAGCGUGGCUGAUACCGAGAAUCCGGAACUGUGGAAGCACAAGGAUGUUCCAUGGACGUCAUCCGUCCAUCUGCAAAACCUGGUGCAAUCGAGUGAAUAUUCAAUCCAAGUUGCUGUCCGCACUAAAGUCGGAGGCUUGGGGAGGCUCUCGGAGGCGUUGUUGGUGAAGGUGACUCCGGAAGACGUCCCCAUGAAAUUGCGGUCUCCUUUCGUGGGGAAUGAUUAUAUGUACCUCCGAUGGGAGUCUCCCAAUGCGUUCGUUCCUUACAAGUACAAGGUUCGGUCUCACAAGUAG